AUGGUUGGGCUUCCCGCACGAGGAAAAACUUAUAUUUCCCAAAAACUGUGUCGAUAUUUUAAAUGGCUUAGUAUUCCAACAAAAGUUUUUAAUGUUGGUAAUUAUCGUCGUAAAUUACACGGAUCACAACAAGCACAUUCAUUUUUUGAUCCAAAAAAUCAAGCUGGAGAGAUUGCACGUAAAGAGGCAGCAACCGAGGCGUUGAAUGAUAUGAUUAGAUGGUUUGAGAAGGAGAAUGGUGUAGUGGCAAUAUUUGAUGCUACAAAUUCUACUCGUGAUCGGCGUGAAUUUGUUUUGGAAACUUGUAAAAAAAACAAUAUUCAAGUGAUGUUCAUUGAAUCAAUAUGUCAAGAUGAGGAUCUAAUUAUUCAAAACAUUAUGGAUGUUAAAUUAUCAUCUCCUGACUAUAAAAAUAUGGAUCCUGAAAAGGCAGCAGAGGAUUUUAAGGCUAGAAUAUUGCAUUAUGAGGAGGCAUACGAAACCAUCACAGAAAAAGAUCUUACAUACUUGAAACUUAUUAAUGUUGGAAGCCAAGUUGUAAUCAAUAGGAUUCAAGGUUAUCUUCAAAGUCGAGUGCAUGGAGAAAGUAUGUACAAUCUUGUGGGGAAAAUUGGUGGUGAUUCUGAUUUAUCGCCUCGUGGUCGUAAAUAUGCUAAAGCAUUACCAAAACUUAUCCAAGAGAACCUAGGAGAUCAGCCUUUAACAGUGUGGACAUCAACUAUGAAACGUACAAUACAAACCAGUGAAUAUUUACCAUAUCCAAAAUUAAAAUGGAAAUCAUUGGAUGAAUUAGAUGCUGGUGUUUGUGAUGGUUUGACAUAUGAAGAAAUUGAGAAAAGAUAUCCCGAAGAUUAUGCUAAUCGAGAUGAAGAUAAAUUUAGUUAUAGAUAUUGUGGCGAUGUUGUACUUCGACUCGAACCAGUGAUAAUGGAAUUAGAAAGACAACAAAACAUUUUAAUAAUUGGACAUCAAGCAAUUCUUCGUUGUAUCUAUGCAUAUUUUCAUAAUUUACCACAAAAAGAUUUACCAUACGUCAGAAUUCCUUUACAUAGUGUUAUCAAAUUAACACCUAAAGCAUACGAAUGUAACGAAGAUAGAUAUAAAGUUGAUAUAGAUGCCGUAGAUACUCAUCGACCUCAACCAACGCUCAAAACAAAAAAACAACAGCAAUCGAUUGUAAAUGGAACUAGCACCAAUCUAAUGUCAUCACCCAUAACUACAACAAAUAAAUACUAA